GGGCGGCCUGGCCGACCGCUGGCAGAAGGGGCGCACGCUGCUGCUGGCGUCGCUCGGCGCCUGGAUCGUGUUCACGCUGCCGCUGAGCUGGGUGCAGCCGGGGGCCGUGUCGUGCGUGCACCCGCUCAACGCGACGGCCUACAACCUGACGGAGCCGCGCUACGACGAGGACUGGCCCAGCAGCACCACGCGCGCCUUCCGCGGCCCGCCCGGCGCCGGCCGCGAGGGCUCGCCGCUGCCCGUCAGCGACGCGCUCAACUACGACGCCAAGGCCAACAGCGACUGGGUGACUCCGCUGCACUCCUUCAUCGUCUACCGCACGCCCGACAUCCAGAAGACGUUCUUCCUGCUCCUGCUGCUCGUCGUCAUCGGGGAAUUCUUCAGUGCGCCCGCCAUCACGCUCGCCGACUCCGCCGUCAUCACGCUGCUCGGUGAAGACGCUGACAGGUACGGGCACCAGCGCAUGUUCGGCUCGCUGGGCUGGGGCCUGGCCAUGUUCUUCGUGGGCAUCGCACUGGACCACAGCACGGCCUUCAGCUCGCACCCGUGCGGCGGCCCGCAGCGCUUCGAGAAGAACUACACCAUCUGCUUCGCUACGUUCUCGGUGCUGAUGGGGGCCGCGCUCAUCACCGCCACGCAGAUACGGUUCAAGUACGAGUUCGUAAGCGUGGAGGCCGCGGCGCCGCCCGCGCCCGCCGAGCCCACGCACGAGGAGAAGCUGCAGCAACAGCUGGCCGAGCAGCUGCAGCUGCCGGGGCUGGACACCAGCGCGCCGGCGCCGCGCCAGCCCGUGCUCGAGCAGGCCAAGGUACGAGGACCGCGCUGGCCGGGGCUGGCCGCCGGCAGACCGACGGAGCCCCGCUGA